CCCCGACUCUGGCCACCUGCCAAAUAUCCUGCGCUUAUUCCCCCGCCUCGACCAAUUCGACACGCGACACGCGACAAUUGCUUACCCUACAGUGCGACCAUGUCUUCCUCUUGCGCCGGCCAUUCAACAUGGCAAUCGCCAAACACGACUACCCAGGCCGCCACCGGGGAGACACUGAACCUCACGCAUGUAUUCAAUCGUUUCCCGACCCUGACAGCACUGGGGUUUCAAUUUAUCCUUGUGCAGAAAAGAGACGACGCGGAAGAUGUCCAGGUCCCUAUUCUCAACUCCACCAUUCCUUGGGAUCCCUCUACGCCCUUUGGACUGCCUUCUACUCAAAACUUGACGUCACCUGUCUGGGCGCCGAUCGACAAGACCUGCUUGACCGCUGUAUAUUACAUUUGGCAAAUUCCAUCAGACUUGAUCGACGGUGACAGGUCCUUUGCGACCUUUUAUGUUUCUUCAAAAUGGGACCUCACAUCGGACAACGGUACAUUCAGCUCACCUGGUGGCCUGAAAAGCCAAGACUUCAUCAUACGGAAGCAGGCUGUGGCUGCACCUCUGCCAACCGACAUGUCGACCACCGUGGCGAGCAGCAGUACGAGCAAUGUAAGCCUGGCAUCGAGUGCUACGAGCACACCGGAAGAAGGCGACAUAUCCAGCCAAUCUUCGCCUGAUGCCGGCACUCUGAGCUUCGCUGGCCGUCUCGCUGUUGGAAUCGCGCUGCCCAUCCUCGCGUGCAUGCUCCUCUUUGUAGGCUGGUGGUUGUGGCGACGACGAGGACGAGAGGCAUCGCCCCCUACAAGCCACCCGAGCACAAGCGAGCAAACAAGAUUCGAGAAGGCUGAACUUGGCUCGCCAGCUGAGGAACAGCGACAAGAGCUGGACGGAAAGCAUCUUGUGGAGGUAGAGGGCCAUCACCACAGCCAUGGCAGUUCACCCUCUGCGACAGAUACGUACGAGCUAGACGCGUCGGAAGUCCCGCGCUCGCCGUCUGUCCCGAAGCCAGGCAACUCACGUUAGGGCUGCCGUUUCAAGGGCGAAGCGUGCAGAGAAAGUGACCGCUACGGAGGGUCUUUUAUCCUUCUCGGCACAUGUGUCGAAAACGGGGUUGCAAGAAACGGUUCGGAACUCAAUCGAAAGAUGCGAUAGUCCAGGAGAGGCACCGAAGCUAUUCCUCGCCUGGUCGCAUCAAGUAGCAGAUCGGAUUCCAGGGAGAUGGGCAUCUUGGGCGUUGGAAAGAGUCUCAAAGCGCAGGGAGAGACAAAACUGCACGUCCAACGAUGGGCGCGAGUCUGAAGAGACCCGUGUCCAGCUGGCGCGCUGGACUGGUCGCCGAUCGCUGGUCUUGCCUGUCGGGAGAAUUGUUCAAACCUUCGACUUCUGCAUCUGCUGAGAUUGAUCUGUUCCAUCCAAUGAGAGAUUCGAUUAUAUCCUCAAGAGAAGCCCCUCGCGGUCAUAGCC